AUGCAGUACAACGUCAAGGAGUCAGGGAUGAUCGUGCUCAACGCCAAGCAGUCAGUGAUUGUGGUGGCAACUAAAAAGAAGCAGAUUGGAAAGAAGUGA